UACGACGGCGACUGGAUCCAGGGCCGCCGCGAGGGCAACGGCACGCGGUACUACCCCUCGGGGGAGGUGUACAGCGGCGACUGGGUGGCCAAUAUACGGCACGGUACGGGACGGUACGAAUAUGCGAAUGGCGACAUGUACGUGGGGCAGUGGGCGGACGACAAGCGGACUGGAGCGGGG